UUCGCUCCUCUGGGCGUCUCCAUCCCGACGGACAGCCUCCUCGAGGAUGAUUUUAUGGCCACACUGUCCUUUUCGAAUCGCGGGAGCAUCAUGUUCGGCGGGCGACGCGCAGGACCGCUAGGCCUCGACGGGGCCAGUGACGCCGCAACAGGCGAUGCCUUUCCUUCUGCGCCUUCGACGCCCACCCAUGCACGAUCUGGCAGCGCCAGCGCCGGCAUCGAUCGCCUCGAAUCCUACGCCGGCGCAAAUGCUUCGAAUCCCGCGCUGCACGCGCCCUUGCCACCGCCGCCCGACAUUCGUGUCUUGACGUCCGACAUCGAGAAGGAGUCCCAAAAGGUGAGAUCGCUCUAUGGAGUCGGCGAUGCCAUCAAUUGGGAGGAUGGCGCAAGGCACUCGUACUGCGAACCUUUGGAGCCUACCCCAGAGCUUCCAGCAGAGGAGGACGGGAAUGACUCCAUUCUACCGCCUCCCAUUCCUGUUUGGGGGACUCCAAGAUCCGUAAGAUCUGCAAGCUCUUCGGUUCACUUUGAUUACAGACGGGACACAGAGCUGGCGGGCGGCUUGGAAGACUGGGAAGAUAUUGACGGUGCCAGUGUGGACCGAUAUGGCUUCAUCUCCGCUCCUCGGCCGCGAUCACGGCUUGGUACACCGACGGAAAUGAAAUCCGCCCAGUUCUCGCCAAGGCGGAGGCUACAGAAGAGAGAACUGACGGGCCUGUCACCCUUGGGCCCGAGCAGGAAGAUGUCAGCGAGGUCACUUAAUACGCAAAACUCAGAAAUGUCUACAGCAUCGAAGCGCUCUUCGCGAUCAGUCAUCCGACAGGCCAGCAACCUACUACCUCACAACCGAGACCGGCGAUGGCUAGACGAGGCCGGCGAUAUGCUGACGCUGCCACCCAGCCUCCAGGACGCUGCAGAAGAAGCCCAGAUUGAGAGAAUAUCGGAAACGCUGAAGCGCAAAGAGUGGGAGAGAUCGGAAAAGUGGCGCAAGAUGGCCAAGGUUGUCCGAAAGGGCGGCCAAGGCGAAGGCAUGGAGUUUGAGUUUGAUAAGAAGAACCCGAAGCUUAUUGAGCGAACGUGGAAAGGGAUUCCCGAUCGCUGGCGUGCUGCCGCCUGGUGGUCAUUUCUUGCCAGUUCCGCCAUGGACCACGAGAGCUAUGCUUCGGAAGAAGACAUUGUCUCCUCAUUCCACCACCUGUUGGAACAAAGCUCGCCAGACGACGUGCAGAUUGACCUCGACGUCCCGCGGACCAUUAGCAGGCACAUCAUGUUUCGUAAAAGAUACCGUGGCGGCCAGCGACUGCUGUUCCGCGUCUUGCACUGCUUAUCAAUCUACUUUCCAGAGACUGGCUAUGUUCAAGGCAUGGCAUCUUUGGCGGCGACGCUGCUCUGCUACUUUGACGAAGAAAAGUGCUUUGUCAUGCUGGUGCGCUUGUGGCAAUUACGAGGCCUUGAUCGCUUAUAUCGCCCGGGCUUUGAGGGCCUGAUGAAGGCGCUACACGAGUUUGAUGAGACUUGGCUCAAUAAGGACGUAGCCAAGAGACUGACCGAACUCAGCGUAGAUAUAACUGCGUAUGGUACACGAUGGUAUCUUACUCUCUUCAACCUUUCCAUUCCGUUUCCAGCUCAGCUGCGAGUCUGGGAUGUCUUUCUGCUGCUAGGAGAUAGUGCAGCCGAGCCGGCCGUUUCCAUCACCUCCAGCGACAGUGAGACGACUCCGCCAACAGGACUCGAUAUUCUGCACGCCACCAGUGCUGCCUUGGUACAGGCCCUCCGCGAGGUGCUCCUGGAUUCGGAUUUUGAGAAUGCGAUGAAAGCCCUGACAUCAUGGAUUCCCAUCAAGGACGAGGAUCUUCUGAUGAAGGUAGCCAAAGCAGAGUGGAAGUCGCAUCAAGGCAAGAAGAAGACGUAG